CAGUUUAACCCUUAACACCAACAUGCCUGCUCCAGUGGAACAGGGAGGGACUCCUCCCCCUGACGGCUCGGUACUGGUGGAAAUUGGCAGCUGUUGUGCCCUAGCUGGUCUGUGGUUGGUAGUUGGGUCUGUCAGUCAGGCAGCAGCGAGAGGGGAUCUGAGCUGCUGGUCUGCACUGUUCAGUAGUCUAGCUAGCAGGGAGACAGCAGCAUGGCCACCACCGCAUCCUCUGGUCCCUACACUCUGUUGGGCCCCAUGCUGCCCCACCACACACACUCUGACAGCCCUGCCAUGCAGGCCUCCAGCCCCUUCAGGACCCACCACAAGCUGGACUAUCUACAGGGGCAGGACUCCCCACUGGAGCAGGAGUGGAGCCUCGGGGAGGGCAGCCCUUGGUCAGCCUCCCUGGAGCAGCAAGACGUCAAGCCAGGCAGAGAGGACCUUCAGCUGGGUCUCAUCCACCAGCGCUGUCUGCGUGUUGGACAUCCCUCUCCCCACACCAACCAACCCAGCGCCUGGUGCAGCCCUGCGUCCCACACCCCCUCCCUCUCCAGCGGACAGAACAUCAACUUGUACUCCCAGUCAGGCUUCAGUGUCACUGGCAUUCUGGAGCACAGCAGGCCUCCAACCAACACCCCGAACCAACUGCACCAUGGCCUCCGAGACCCCCUCAGUCGGGAGCAGGCUGACCGGGCAUGCCACCCCUGCCACGACCCCUCUGAGGACGAGACUCCCACAUCGGACCAGCUGGAACACUUCUCCAAACAGUUCAAACAGCGACGUAUCAAACUGGGCUUCACUCAGGCCGAUGUGGGGCUGGCCCUGGGGACAUUAUACGGUAACGUGUUCUCUCAGACGACUAUCUGCCGAUUUGAGGCGCUGCAGCUGAGCUUUAAGAACAUGUGUAAGCUGAAGCCACUGUUAAACAAGUGGCUGGAAGAGGCUGACUCCAUCACAGGCUCUCCCAGCAGCAUCGAUAGGAUAGCGUCCCAGGGCCGGAAGCGCAAGAAGAGGACUAGCAUAGAGGUCAGUGUUAAGGGUGUCCUGGAGACACACUUUCUCAAAUGUCCCAAGCCGGCCGCACCCCAGAUCCUGAGCCUGGCCGACUCCCUGCAGCUGGAGAAGGAGGUGGUGCGCGUGUGGUUCUGCAACCGGCGGCAGAAGGAGAAGAGGAUGACGCCACCGGGCGAGCCUCCCGGGGCGCAUGACGGCCUCUACUAUCACCACAGCGGGAGCGCAGACACGUCGUCCUCAUGCCAAGACCUCUGACCUUCAACCUCUGACUGUGGGCCAUGAAUUCUGCCUGGGAGAUAAAGACUCUCAUGGACAGCGGAGCAGUGGCCAAAGGACGGACGGUGGUCCCUGCUGUGGUCGUUAUGGAGACUGAGGACCACAGCGCUUACAAUCAAAGCCUUCAACAACAACAAAAAGUGACAAGUUGUCAGUGCCUCCCAGCAGCCUCCAUCUUCUAUCUGUUCAGUAGGGAUUAUAACCAACUGGAUCAGUUCUGUACCAAAUGUUUGAUAUGACAUCAGAUUACCACGGAUAUAAAAUCAAAAUGUGCCUAAAUAACCCUGCAGCGCCUUGGUCCUGACAUUACCUACUGAAGCAGGUUGAUGUUACAGUAAUAAUUCAUCAUAAUAACACUUGGCUUAUAUUUUAUUUUGGAGAUUUGUUUUAUUCCGUUUUCAACUCAUCCCUGAAGGUGAGCCAUUCCCACAUGUUUUUAAGCAAACUAAAAACUAUAACAAUAUUGAUAAACUGUAAUCAAUAAUCACAACUAUUUAUUAAUCAGCUUUGAUAUCAAUUAAUUUUAGAUAGCAUUGUUGCCAUUUUAUGUAGAUACCUCAUGCUUUACAAACAAGGCCUGGGUCAAUAAAGCCUUAACUAUGGCUUCACCUUUAGGCCCAUUGUCAUCUGUUUUCAGUCAUGGUUCCGUAGUUCAACUUCCUGUCUGUGUGUUUGUCAGGGUUCUAUUUUCCAGAAUUCUGUGGUACUAUGGACGCAAAAGCAAUGGGAGGUUCUCUCUAAUGACUCCUUUUAUAAGAUUAUGGUUGGGGUCACAUUGAAUCUAUAGCUCAGACCAUAGAGAAUAAUUACAAAACAUACAGAUUGGUGUGAUUAUGUUUGCCUAUGGAUUACUUUUUUUAUGAAAGCAUUAUUUGAUUUAAAACGUCAUCAUCAGACAACAACUGUGUGACUCAGAAACAGCUAGGAGCAGAUCGCUACACUAGUCUAUAAUUAUUUUAUUGUAUACGUUUCUUAUCUAAAGUUUUAUAAUCUAAAAUGUUACUGUUAUUAUUUGUUUAUUUCUUAAAUAUUAUUUUUUGAGUUUUGUAAAAUUUUGUACAUUACAUGUUUGAAGUAAUUCAUUUAAUUUCCUUACAGUUUAGUUAUUCAGGAACUUAGUUAAAUCAAAACAAUAUUUUCGCUACUGUAAUUUUUGGCAGUUCUAUUCCAGAUUUUGAUGUCAGGUUCAGCAAUUAUUUAUUUUUAUUGUAUUGUUUUGGGAACAAACUAUAUGAUGUAAUAAAA